AUGAACACCAUCCGCAAUCAAGAACCAUCUCAAGAUCCUGCUGAAUUCACUUAUCCGUCCACAUACAUAAAGAACACGCGACAUCGCUCAAAGUCGACAUCCCAAUCUCCUCCCGGACGUAACGCGACGAACCCUAUACCUACCGGAAACAUAAGUACUGCCGACGAUCAGAACUCGACCACCACUAGCAGCUACAACGACCACCACCAGCAACACGGCAACGGUCCGCUUGGAAUUCAAUCCCUCCUGACACCGAAUCCGAAUCUGGGCGAGAAAAGGAUGGACGAUCAGCAAUCCCGACCGGUCAGGGGUGGGAGCGAGGAAAGGGGACGAGAAAGAGAACGAGCUGGUGCCGACGAGAAUGUCGGAAAUGCGAACGGGUCGGCUCAGUCUACAGAGGGCAGACUGGGCACAAGUCCGUACGAAAGGCACGGGCAAGGGCAUACGGAGAUGGGUCCUCCUGCGGGAUAUGCAGGUGACGCCAGCAACAAAGACAGCAAUGGCAAUGGCAACAACGGCACUGGUAGCUCGACAGCCGCUGAACAUCAACGACCUGUCGAGGGUGCGCCUUCUCGAGCCUGGGACGACGUGAUCGACGACGCUAUCGAUCCGAUCCUCCGUGCGGCGCUGGACGAGAGAAGCAAGGAACACGCCGCCGCUUAUCCUUGGGAUCAGGGACAGGCUCGAGCUGAAGGACAAGGGCAAGCGCAGCAACGUCCCGAGGCUAUGGGCAUCAACAGCCUCAUGGACGCCGAGAAACAGUCACAGACGCAAGCGGACCCGAGGGGUGCCGUCGCCUCGAACCAAAAUCAAUCGAGGAGGCAGGAAGAUCCUCGGAGAGGGGGGUCUUACCCAUCUCAAGGGCAGGGUCAGGGCCAAGGGUCGUCAUUCUUUCCUAGACCGAACGAUGGACCGGGCUCGAAUGGGAACGGAAAUACGCCAGGGUCAUUGGAAGACGAGUAUCGUAGACGAGAGUCGCAAUCGUAUGCCAUGCAGCAACAGUUGCAGCAGCAGCACUAUCAACAACAAAACCAGCAACAAUCCGGCACUUCCUCUCAAGGCCAAGGUCCUCCUCGCCCCGAAGUCUUGCGUAACGCUCCUCCUUCUCUCUCGCUAAACCAUCCCCUCAAUUCUGCCCGGUCUACCAACACGACCUCGGAAUCCGACGUCCGUGCCAUCGGCAUCCAGUCUCCUCGCGACGCUUAUAACAGGAAUCAAAUUCAGAAUCAAGACCAUCUAGGGUCUGGGUCCGGGUCUGGGUCUUUGAACGUCAACGUCCCGAACGGGUAUCAAGAGUUGCUGAACAGGGGAGCUGGGAGGUUUGGUACGGUUGCCGAGCAGGCGGCUUAUAGGGCUGGAUUUGAAGAGGCUUGGGAGUAUCGCAGCAAGUAUAUGGAGGAUGAGCGAGCUAGACGAGUUUCGUUGAACAUGUCCACGGUACCACCGACCAGUUCGCUUCGCACGACUGACAACAACCCGGGUCCUUCGCCUGCCAAGGACGACCGAGUCGACCUCCCGAGUUCGCGGACCGUAGGGGAAUAUGCCGGGUACGACGGGUGGGAGAGGGACUCGCGAGACUACGCUCGGAACGGAGAGUGGUCGGCAGGUCAAGACAGGUCUUAUCAGAUUCCUGGUACAGUCCCGGCCGCUCCCAAUGACGGCUAUCAAUCUGGCUACAUGACCUUGGGAGCGUCCCAAGGAGCCGGUUACAACUCUUUCCGAUCCGAGCCAUCGCCCAUGGCCGGUUACAGCGGUCACGCCGACGGCAGGCAGGAUCGAUCGUCCGAGAGCAUGACCCCGAACAGCAAGAACCGCAAACCACGGGCCGGAGACCGUCAAGCCAUCUCGUGUAACAUGUGUCGUCAGCGCAAGUCCAAGUGCGAUGGGAACCCGCCUUACCCUUGCGGACCUUGCAGCAAGAAGGGCACCGAGGACCAGUGCAUGUACGCGACAUUUGUCCGACGACGAGGUCCUGCCAAGAAAAAGGAACACGGCUCGGGCCAAGGGUCCAACUCGCCUCCGCAUGAGGGGUCGUACGGGAUGGAUGGGUUGCAGCGGGGCAAUUCGGGUUCGGCCCGCAAGUAUGAUGAACAGGGUGGGAGGGAGGACCCCAAGCGGGUAAAGAACUGAAAAGAUGAUGCGACGCUUUCGCCCAAUGUAAUACGCUAUGUAAAACAAGGACCGUUAUCGCUGUAUGGGAUCGAUCAUUCGCGAUUCAAAGGCGGAGAAAGGCAGGAAGCGCCUACAAGAACGAGGUCGUCGAUUUGGUAACGCUGGUAGAGCGCAAACUUCAACACGGACUACCCUUACUGCGGCAGCGGGGCUAGACGGGAUACAACACUUUCAGACAAGGACGGGUGCAGGGAUCGGUUUCAAGUUCCUCUGAACGACUAGUCGCAUCUGGACCCAACCAAAUCCCCCAUACAGGAAGUCAAUCAGUGGGAUACCAGCAAACAUUGAGGGUGUUAGGAGCUUAAGAAUGG